GCUGCUGUGGUGCGUGCCCAGCCGUGGGGCCGUCACCGCUGCGGGCCCCGUUCUGCCCGCUGCCUCUGCGCUGCCCCCGGGCUCCCGGCAGCGGCAGCACCGCUCCCUCCCGCAGGUCCUGCCCUCUGCUCCCGGAGCACCGGGGUCAAUGCAGGGGUUAAUGCUGGCGAAGCAGUUGUGGGGCAGUAAGUGCUGUGUAAGCACUAAGCCAACCCGGAGCCUCCUGUGUUGGGGGUGAGCCCGCAGCGCACCCCUGCUCUGCUGCCCCACAGCACAGAUAACCCGGCGCACAGAGGGGUUACCGACCGACCCCUGCCUGCAGGGGAACAGCGGGUCCCGAGGGCAGAGGAAGGAGCUGUAGGGGCAGGAGCAGCUCCCACACACGCUGUGCUGGAGGUUUGCCAUGAGGGAGCAGGACAGCGGCUUCAGCAGUGCCCAUCAUGGUGCCAUAGGUGCCGGGCCCUGCCAGGCCGCCGGCAGCAAGCUGGGCACGUCCUGCAGCCCCGAGGGGCACAGGCAGCGGCUGCUGCGCUGGCAGCACCGAUGGCUUCUCUGGGGCUCACGUCGCAGAUGGGCAUGAACCCGCCUGCACCGGCAGCCAGAGCCCGAGCCCGGAGCUGGCAGAGGGGAAGUUGGCACCAGGAGCAGCCGGGGGGGCUGCCCCGACUGACGGAGCCCCAGUCCCCAGGUGCCCCCCCCGCAGGCAGCGAGCCCGGGACCCGCAUCCUCCCCUCGCUGUCUCCUCCCAGCCGUGGGCUCGCAAGGAGUGGCCGCGGGUGGGCUCUAUAAAGGCAGAACCGCAGCCGGCGCCGAAGGAGCUCCCGGAGCUGUUGGUGCUCUCCCUCCGCCGCUCCACGUGAUCCCCGCCGGGGGACCGAGGGCCAGCCCCGCUAUACGAGAUGGCUGCCGGCCGCUGCCUCCUCCUCCUCUUCCUCCUGCCUUGGCUGGUCACUGCCUCCCACAGCCCACCCGGCUGCAAGAUCCGGAUCACCUCCAAGGGGCUGGACCUGGUGAAGCAGGAGGGACUGCGCUUCGUGGAGCAGGAGCUGCAGAACAUCACAAUAUCAGACCUGCACGGGAAGGAGGGACAGUUCCACUACAACAUCAGCCAGGUCAAGGUGAUGGACCUGCAGCUGGCGUUGUCGGACCUGCACUUCCAGCCACAGCAGCAUCUCGUCUUCAACAUCAACAAUGCCUCCAUCAGCCUGCGCUUCCGCAGGCAGCUGCUCUACUGGUUCUUCUAUGACAUCGGGUCCAUCAACACCUCCGCAGAUGGUGUCCACAUCCACACCGUGCUGCAGCUGGCCAAGGACGAGGCUGGGCGCCUCAAGAUCUCCAACAUCACCUGCAAUGCUUCCAUUGCCAGGAUGCAUGCAGGCUUCUCCGGCACGCUCAGGAAGGUCUACGAGUUCCUGAGCACCUUCAUUGUCACAGGAAUGCGCUUCCUCCUCAGCCAGCAGAUCUGCCCAUCGCUGGAGCAUGCCAGCCUGGUGCUGCUCAACUCCGUGCUGGACACAGUGCCGGUGAGGAACUAUGUGGAUGAGCACAUAGGGAUUGACUAUUCCCUCCUGCGGGAUCCGACCGUCUCCACAGACACCCUUGACCUGGACUUCAAGGGCAUGUUCUUCCCACGUGUAAGAGAGACCCAGGAACUGGAGAACCACGCGGUGGAGCCGGUGAUCAAGGAGACCGAGCGCAUGGUCUAUGUCGCCUUCUCCGAGUACUUCUUUGACUCGGCCAUGCAGGCGUACUUCCAGGCGGGCGUGCUGGCCAUUGAGCUCCAGGGGGAGAAGGUGCCCAAGGACCUGGAGGUGCUGCUGAGAGCCACCUUCUUUGGCACCAUCUUCAUGCUGAGCCCCACUGUGGAUGCGCCCCUGCGGCUGGUGCUGCAGGUCUCAGCUCCCCCUCGCUGCACCAUCAAACCCACGGGCACCUCCGUCUCCGUCUCUGCCUUCCUCAACAUCUCACUGGUACCGCCUGGUCGCCCGGCUGUGCCGCUCUCCAGUAUGGCCAUGGAGACAAAGCUGAGCGCCAGGGUGUACCUGCAAGGGAAGGCGCUGCGGGUGCAGCUGGACCUGCGGCGGUUCCGCAUCUACUCCAAGCAGUCGGCACUGGAGUCACUUGCGCUCUUCUCACUGCAGGCCCCUCUGAAGACGCUGCUGCAGUUGACCAUCAUGCCCAUCAUUAACGAGAGGACCAAGAAGGGGGUGCAGAUCCCCCUGCCAGAAGGCAUGGACUUCACCAAGGAGGUCGUCACCAACCAUGCGGGAUUCCUCACAGUGGGAGCUGAUCUCCACUUCUCCAAAGAGCUGCGAGAGGUGAUUGAGAAAUACCGCCCGGCGCCCACAUCCGCUGCCCGCCCCAGCUCAGAGCCCACAGCACCCAGCCUGGAGCCCCAACAGCUCUAGUGCUUCUCCACACUCACUCCUCACUGGGGAUCGAGGGCAGAGCCCGGGCUGGACCCGUAGACUGUAGGUAGGAAGCAGCUUCCCCGAUCCCACUGACACCUCCUGCAGGGCCCUGUGCCCUAGUGGGUAGCAGCAAGGUGGAGACAGACGCUCUGGGAAUCCUGCUGCUCCCAUUCCUCACACUAAUAAACCAUGCGACUCUAACCCC